CGCCCAUAGCGUACUACGGAAGUAGUUGUGAAGUAGUGGUGAAGCUUUGUGAGUUUCGCUAUAUGGUCUUCGGUAAGGUUUCCAGGUUAUUUCACGCUUUCCAAAUUAUUGACGUCCAAUCAGGACAUUACAACAAGGGACUUUACAAAGGGGCAUUUGGAUCCCGUGUUGCUGAUAAAUGGAAGGACUUUCAGAAUCCAAACUCCAACUGCUUCGAAGACGAAUUCAUACAUUCCCAGACUUUCCGAAGAGGGGCAUCAUGUUCAGAGAUAUAUGCCCCAUCCUGAAGGAUCCAACUGCUUUGACGGCUGUUAUUGACCUGUUUGAAGAGCAUGUGAAAAUCAAUCAGUGGGAGGUGGAUCUGAUUGUAGGUUUGGAUGCUCGCGGUUUCCUUUUUGGGCCUCUUCUUGCUCAGCGUCUGAGCGUUGGUUUUGUCAUGGUCAGGAAGAAAGGAAAACUGCCAGGAGCUACUGUGUCUGUGGCUUAUGACUUGGAGUACGGCAAGGCCGAAGCAGAGAUCCAGGAGGACGCAGUGAUUCCAGGGCAAAAAGUAGUGAUUCUUGACGACCUUCUGGCGACUGGAGGUACCCUGUUUGCAGCUUGUGAGCUUAUGAAGAAACAAGGUGCACAGAUUCAAGGCUGCAUGGUCAUUAUAGAGCUGACAGAACUGAAAGGUCUGGACCGACUGAGACCACACAGUGUAUUCUCUCUGGUUCAGUACUGAGGAUCAACUUGCACAUCAUUCAGUUUUGAGCACACACUUUAUACCACACCAAAGUAAAAGCAACCUUCUUAAGGUCUGUGAUCAGUGGAGCUGCCAGGAAUUCUGGGCUCCCCCUGCAAGCAGCUGUUGUCACACCUCUUGGAAUUGUCCUGUCUAUAAUAUUACUCUCAUGGACUUUCAAAUUUCAUUUGUUUGAAAUGCAUUUUGGUGACAUAAUAUUUGUGGGCUAACAAAUUGUUGUAAAACAUAUUUUCCUAUUGUAGCAAAUGCUAUGGGACAAAUUUAAUUUCUUAACAUAGCAGCAUAGUAUAGGCCUAGUGUGUGUGUGGCUUUGGUGUGAGAGAGGAGGAUGCUGAAGACAGGGUUAGAUGAAGGCAAUUGAUUCGCUGUGGCGACCCCUGAAGGGAAAAGCCCAAAGGGGAAGAUAGUAUAGGCCUAGAAUAUUGCAUAUUGCAGGUACACAGAGUCUGAGUGUUUACAGAUUCUCUGCAAAGUAUAAUUCAUUUUAGUUGUGGCCAAGGCCUGUAUUAGAAAAUUGUGUCUUCCACAUGCCUCUAAAAGUGUAUUUUAGGUCAUCUACUCAUUUCAUCUUGUGGUUGUACUCUUUAAUAAAGCUCAAAUAUGAUUG